AGACAUACAUCAGUUCAAAGAAAUUUAAUGUGCCCCCUUGUGAUGUGGACGAUGACGUCACCGUAGAUGGUAGUUCCGAUAAGGUGGACCAAGGGUAGUUUCUGAAGCAGCUUUUCUGGACUGCAGUGGGUGGGAGCAUGUUUUAAUUGAACGCGUCUUGACAGCAGAUCUGGAUCCUCGUCGGAUCUGAGUCACCUGACGUGUCUCUCAACUAUAAAUACAAGGAAAAGAGGAUCUCCCGCUCGAACACCGCUCAGGUAUCACGGUUUUGCCAAAUCAGGAUGACGAUCACGGCCGUCCCUUCGAUCCGGAAACGCAUCCUGACCGUCCGCGGGAAGCCCAUUCUCACCAACGUGCCGGAGAACGUCGUUGUCUCCUCACCUCAACCGCCAGGCCACGCCGCUGCCUUCCUCGGCGCCACUUCCUCCGUCGCCGACUCCCGCCACAUUUUCUCCCUCGGCAUCCUCCAAGGAUACAGAUGGAUGUGUUUAUUCAGAUUCAAUAUAUGGUGGAUGAUACCUAGAUACGGAAACUGUGGAAAAGAUGUGCCACUGGAGAGCCAGAUGCUGUUGAUAGAAGUAAGAGAAGAAUGUGCUAUUCAUGAUGAAGAUGAUGAUGGCAGUGGUGAGAACACAUUCUAUGUACUAUUGCUGCCUGUGUUGGAUGGCAAAUUCAGAAGCAGUUUGCAGGGAAAUUCUCAGAAUGAGAUUCAAUUCUGCAUCGAGAGCGGUGAUCCUGAUGUCAAAACCAACCAAUCUCUUGAGGCUGUUUUUGUCAAUUCAGGGGAUCACCCAUUUGAGCUCAUGAAGGAAUCCAUCCAGAUGUUGGCUAAACAUAAAGGAACAUUCAGCCAUAUUGAGAGCAAAAAGAUUCCUGCCCAUCUGGACUUAUUUGGUUGGUGCACUUGGGAUGCAUUCUAUACUAAUGUCGACCCUCGAGGGAUCAAAGAAGGUCUAGAAAGCUUGUCCGCAGGAGGUACACCAGCAAGGUUCCUUAUCAUUGAUGAUGGAUGGCAAAAUACACUAAAUGAAUAUGAAAAAGAUGGGCAGGAAAUGACAGAUGGAACACAGUUUGCAACUAGGCUAGUUGAUAUCAAGGAAAAUAAAAAAUUCCAGGACUUUGGGUCGGACGAUUCCUGCAAUAAUCUCAAACAUUUCAUACAUAAAAUGAAGGAAACAUAUGGACUGCAAUACGUGUACAUGUGGCAUGCUUUGAUUGGCUACUGGGGAGGAAUUUUACCAACCUCUCCUGCCAUGGAAAAGUACAAUCCUAGGAUGGAGUUCCCUGUGCAAUCUCCAGGAAAUAUUGGAAAUUUAAGGGAUGUUGCCAUCGACAGUAUGGAGAAAUAUGGUGUUGGUGUCAUAGAUCCUGAGAAACUCUAUAAUUUUUUCAAUGACCUUCAUGGCUACCUUACAAGCCAAGGAGUAGAUGGGGUGAAGGUGGAUGUGCAAAACUCAGUUGAGACACUUGGAAAAGGUUAUGGAGGACGUGUGUUGCUUAUGCGGAAGUAUCAAAGAGCUCUAGAAGAAUCAGUAGCACGAAACUUCAAGGGGAACCAUCUCAUUUGCUGCAUGAGCCAUGACUCCGAGUAUAUCUACAAUUCAAAGGCGAGUGCAGUUGCGAGGGCAUCAGAAGACUUCAUGCCUAAUGAACCAACCUUACAAACUCGCCACAUUGCUUCUGUUGCAUUUAACAGCAUGCUUCUUGGAGAAAUUGUUGUCCCAGACUGGGAUAUGUUCCAUAGUCUCCAUGCUACAGCUCAUUUUCAUGCUGCAGCCAGAGCUCUGGGAGGUUGUGGAGUAUAUGUCAGUGACAAGCCUGGCGAGCAUGACUUCAAGAUUCUCAAGAAAUUGGUACUUUCAGAUGGGUCAGUCUUGAGAGCAAGAUAUCCAGGACGGCCAACAAGAGACUGUUUGUUCAAUGACCCAGUAAUGGAUGGCAAAAGCCUACUAAAGAUUUGGAACUUAAACAAAUCCACUGGAGUUUUGGGUGCAUUCAAUUGCCAAGGAGCAGGAAGUUGGCCUUGCAGGGAAAAAGUGCAAGACGAACAUGAACCAGUUAGUCAGUCUGCAAAAAUUUUUGGCCAUGUGAGUCCUAAAAAUAUUGAAUACCUUGAAGAACUUGCUGGCGAAAGUUGGACAGGACAUUGUGCUGUCUUUGCUUUCAAUUCAGGUAAACUUUCUAAACUACCAAGCUCAGGAAAGAUUGGCAUCUCCUUAAGAACCCUGGAAUUUGAAAUAUUUACAAUAUCUCCAAUCAAGGAAUUCUGUCACCAUAUCCAGUUUGCACCACUUGGACUAACCGACAUGUAUAACUCUGGAGGUGCAAUUGAAGAACUGAGCAAUACAAAUGAUCCUUUUGAACAAGUCAUAAAGAUCACAGCACGUGGGUGCGGCUGUUUUGGUGCUUAUUCCAACAUGAAACCUAAGCACUGCCUUGUGGACGCCGAGGAAGUGGAUUUUGAUUAUGACACUGUGGAUGGGCUAUUGACAUUUAAACUUUCUCUGGGGAGUCAAAAAGGGAGAAGCUUAAGACAUAUUUCCAUCACAUAUUGAGGUCAACCGAGAAUACUUAAAGGAGCUUUUUUAACUCAUGAGAUUAUCUCUACUCGAUUCUUCCA